AACAUAAGUUGCAUUGAUAGCUGAGCAUGCACUUGGUCCACUCGUCAGAACUCGGCAUGUCGGCAUGUGACUCGUCACGGAGGUGCACUCCAUGACGCCUAGGAUCAUCCUUAGCGGCAUCCCUGUGCUGGCGGGCACGCCAAUUCUUGGACUGGGGCAUCCUCAAGCCGGUUUAUCGGCGGGUUCCGCUCACAGUUUGCUUUACCAUCGCUUCACCGAUAGGCAAGCAGAACAUGGGACCUAUGUUGCCCCAUGCAACAUCAGCAAAUACACAUACAGCAGCCGUGGCUAGGGCGUGGACCUCAUGCUUGCCCCUGCUACUGCCUGCGAGACUACCACCCGCGUCUAACCAACGGGCUCCAAGGCUGGCUACCAGUGCUCCCCUUGCAGCGGUGGGGCCACACCAUGGCGCUGGAGGUCAUGAAGGACAUCACAGUAUUGACUAUUGCAUCAGCACUCCAGUUGGCGCCGCUAGAGCUAUAGGAGGAACCGCAGCUACUGCUGCUGCUGCCUCCAAUGUCCGUACUUCUGCUAGCACUGCAAACACAUCAGACGGCAGUCACCGAGGAAGAUGUCCGAGGAUUGUUGGGGGUUCUCGGUACUACAACUACUUGCUUGUGUCUGAAUCAACCCAACGGACCUACAACGGCAUUACUAACGACCUUGGGCGCCGCCUGCGGCAGCAUCGUGGCGAGCUGUCCGGCGGCGCUCGCUCCACUCGUACGGCAAAUGACUGGACAUACCUCGCUGUCGUACACGACCCUGCAUGGGACAGCAACGGCAGUAGCAGUAGCAGCAGGAGUAGGAGCAUGUCUGGAUCCGGACGCAAGUCUGGCAGUAGCAGCAGAAGUAGCAGCAGUGGCAACCCUAGCAGCUGCAGUGGUAGCAGCCCUGAGGCCAGCAGCAGCAGCUGCAUUGAAGAAACCCGUGAUAGUUGCAGCAGCUGUGGCAGCAACGGCAGGCUGCUUGGCAACGUAUCCAAGUCGAUGCGAUCUGGGUCGGGGUCAGGAUCGACUUGCGACGGCAAAGCAUCAGAAGCUGCUGAGUCAAGGGGUGCUGUGUCCCCGGCGUCUUUUGAAUGGCACCUUAAGUACCCCACGGGCCGAAAGCCCAGACCUGCCCGCUUCUCCGGACCCACGGGUCGCUUGGCGUCCUUUGAGCCGCUGUUAGAGAGAGGAGAGGCAAUGGUGGGCCCAGGGCUGUGGGUCUGGGUGCACCCUGGCUACCG